GGGAGGAAAGGCCCCAAAGGAGAAACCAGUGUGGCUGCUGAGGGAUGAGGGAUGAGGAUGGUAGUCCUCCCACGGGCAGGCAGGCAUGAUCCUGCUUCUGGGUUCCGCCAGCCUGGAGAGGGACCGGAGUUCUCGGCCCCCAGAACCAGGGCUGUGGAGCUGGAAGCGCCGAGGUGCGCCGAGUGGAGCGGGAAACAAAGGAGCCGAGUAGGGAGGGGAGUGAGUUGGGCCAGGGAGAGCCCCCGGCUGGCUGCCAGAAGAUCCCGGCUGGAGGAAGCCCAAGUGUCACUUGAAUUCCAACCCAGAAGCCAGCGCCUGAGACCCGAGCACCUUGUUUAGCAAUAGUGGUUGGAACACUCUCUUGUAAGUUACCGGAGCACCAGUGAAGGAGGAUCAUCCUCUACCCCCCGCCACUCCACUGCGGCUGGCUCCUAGAAACCCCAGCUUCACUUCUCGCUGGGACUCGAGUUCCAGAAUGAAAAGCAAGAAGGGUGUUGUUGCAGCGUCUGGCAGUGACUCUGAGGAUGAAGACAGCAUGGACAGUCCUCUGGACCUUUCCUCAUCAGCAGCCUCUGGUAAGAGGAGGAGGAGAGGCAAUCUGCCCAAGGAAUCCGUCCAGAUUCUGCGAGACUGGCUGUAUGAACACAGAUACAAUGCCUAUCCCUCGGAGCAAGAGAAGGCACUGCUGUCGCAGCAGACUCACCUGUCCACACUACAGGUCUGUAACUGGUUCAUCAACGCCCGUCGCAGGCUCCUCCCUGACAUGCUGAGAAAGGAUGGCAAAGAUCCAAAUCAGUUCACGAUUUCCCGCCGUGGGGCCAAGAUUUCAGAAGUUAGCUCUAUUGAAGCUGCAAUGGGUAUCAAAAACUUCAUGCCAACUCUAGAAGAGAGCCCAUUUCAUUCCUGCGUAGUUGGACCCAACCCAACCCUAGGGAGACCAGUGUCUCCCAAACCUCCCUCCCCGGGAUCCAUUUUGUCUCGCCCAUCAGUGAUCUGCCAUACCACUGUGACUGCACUGAAGGAUGGGCCUUUCUCUCUCUGCCAGCCAGUUGGUGUGGGACAGAGUACAGAUGUACAGCAAAUAGCACCCAGCAACUUUACAGACACCUCUCUCAUGUACCCAGAGGAUGCUUGCAAAUCUGGGCCCAGUCCAAACCCUCAGAGUGGUCUUUUCAACACUCCUCCCCCUACUCCGCCAGACCUCAACCAGGAUUUUAGUGGAUUCCAGCUUCUAGUGGAUGUUGCACUCAAACGGGCGGCAGAGAUGGAGCUUCAGGCCAAACUCACAGCUUAACCGUUUUCCAAACAAAACAGUUCUCCAAAAUAUGGUCCUGAUUGCCGGGGGUGAUGGCAAGAGAUGCAUUAUUUUAUAUAUUUUUCUAUUAAUAUUUGCACAUGGGAUUGCUCAAACGAAGCUUCCUGUUACUAAGAUGUCUUCAAUGGAAUAGAGUCAUUCCAAGAACUACAAACUAAAGCUACUGUAGAAACAAAGGGUUUUCUUUUCGAAUGUUUCUUGGUAGUUUCUCAUAAUGUGAGAUGGUUCCCAGUAUCAUGUGAUCUUCUCCCGACUCCUUUUUUUUUCCCAAGACUGUGCAAUACUUAGAAGCCCUCGCGCCUCUCUAUUCCCGUGUGGAACGUGACGCCCACAUACAGUCUGAUGAAUAAACUUUCAGUUUUUUGUUUGUUUGUUUGUUUGUUUUUUUAUUAGAUUCAAGCAAGUAUGAAUCUAGUUGUUGGAUACCUUUUUUCAUGAUGUAAUAAAGUAUUUUCUUUAAAAGUUAUUGCAA